CACAGCGAGGCGCGGGGGGAACGCUGGCCUCGGACGCGGGCGCUGGGACCGGGGUCUGCUGCUGGGCCCUCGCUGGCCCCGUCUCCCUGCCCUUCACGGAUACUCGCCGGGGGACGUGAGCUUUGCCUGCUGCCUUUGCCCGCGCCACGUUUCAUGUUCUAAAACUGCAGUGGAGUCGGUGAACUACUAGGAUUUUAUUACAAGUGAGAAAAGUUUUGAAGAGUUAACUUUUGUGAUUAGGAAAGUUAGUGGUGCUGUUAAAAUAAGCAGUGGCCUGAGUAGUCACCCACGGACUCCAGAGCGAAGUCUCAGAAGAUGUGCGCUGUGUGAAGAGGAGUCUGAGGAAAGCAAAGGAGUCUGGGAAACAGCUGUGUCUUUCCAGUCCUGGAGGCAUACACGCAGCAGAUGAGUUGAAUUUACUAAAUUUUAAGGUGGCUUGGUGAUUCCCAAGCCCUGUCUUCAACUGUAGUUACUGGAAAUCAAGAAAUCUUUGCAGUUUGGGACUUAACAGGGGCAGCAGACCACUCAUUUUCAUCUGUUGAGUUUUCUUUUUCCUGUAACUUCAGUGUCUGAAUGGUGAUGAAACAUUACAACAGGAUGUUCCCCUUCCACAGCUGCUGGAGAACUGGACUGUUCUUGCUCCUGCUGGCUGUGGCCGUGAGAGAAUCCUGGCAGACAGAAGAAAAAACCUGCGACUUGGUGGGAGAAAAGGGGAAAGAGUCAGAGAAAGAGUUGGCUCUACUGAAGAGGCUGAAGCCACUGUUUAACAAAAGCUUUGAGAGCACCGUGGGCCAGGGCUCAGACACAUACAUCUACAUAUUCAGAGUGUGCCGAGAAGCUGGCAACCACACCUCUGGGGCAGGCCUGGUGCAGAUCGACAAAAGUAACGGGAAGGAGACGGUGGUAGGCAGACUCAAUGAGACUCACAUCUUCAAUGGAAGUGACUGGAUCAUGCUGAUCUACAAGGGGGGCGAUGAGUACGACCGCCACUGUGGCAAGGAGCAGCGCCGCGCGGUCGUGAUGAUCUCCUGCAAUCGACACACGCUGGCGGACAACUUUAACCCUGUGUCUGAGGAGCGAGGCAAAGUCCAGGACUGUUUCUACCUCUUUGAGUUGGACAGCAGCCUGGCCUGUCCCCCGGAGGUCUCCCACCUCAGUGUGGGCUCAGUCUUACUUGUUACGUUUGCAUCACUGGUCACUGUCUAUAUCAUCGGGGGCUUCCUGUACCAGCGACUGGUGGUGGGAGCCAAGGGAAUGGAGCAGUUCCCCCACCUAGCCUUCUGGCAGGAUCUUGGCAACCUGGUAGCAGAUGGGUGUGACUUUGUGUGCCGUUCCAAACCCCGAAAUGUGCCUGCUGCGUAUCGUGGUGUGGGGGAUGAUCAGCUGGGGGAAGAGUCAGAAGAAAGGGAUGAUCAUUUAUUACCAAUGUGAUUGACUGCACUUAGUCCAGCCUCCUCAGUCCCCCAAACCAAAGCAUACUCAGCCAGUUUUCUCAAGCAGUCUCCACCUGUCUCAUCUCAUUCUUAGCAUUCCUCUUGCUUUUGAUUUGUAUUCUCUUCCCACUAGAACUGCCUUCUCCCUGGUUCCCUAUUGUCUUUCCUCCAGCAAUACAGGUGUGAUACUAAGGCCUGUGAAGACAGGCCACUGGAUUAUCACUUGGUAUCAGAAAGUACAAGUAGGAUAAUGGGCAAAAGGGAUUGGCAGACUCCCUGGCCCUUUCUUUUUUAAACGCAUCUACGAGCUUUUGAGACACUGGAUUUCUUUAAUUAAAAAAAAAAAAAGACAUUAUUUAUACAGGUUUGAUUGCUUUCAUGCCAUUACUCUGUACCCUACACUAGUCUCUAUGAGAACCUGGACAUAAUUUCUUGCUGCUUGGAACUACUUUACAGUGAUCACUUGGUUGCAGUCCAAGUGCUCCCAUAUGAUCUGAGCCUGGGAUGUUCUAGACUUGCCUCUCCCACCUGUGGGAUUAAGACAGGAAAAACAGGAAAUUUCCCAACUACAGGAUUAUAGGAUGCAACACAUCAUUUGUUGGCAUUGGGGUGACUUUAUAGUUGGAAUUGAGCCCUGGAAUUGUGGGCUUGUAGGUAUUGGUCUACAUGAAGCCAAAAUGCCUAAUCCAGAAAUCUAGGCUGUCGGGAAAGGGAAGGAAACUGGCCCAGCCUCCUGUGCUGCAGGGACUCUAAAGUCUCUUUACCUUGUGGUGGGAUCUCUUUUGUUUUCUUCCCCGAUUUGUACAGUUUCCUUGUUCCUCCACCAGUAUUUCUAAACAUGUUGCACUUUUUCACAGGCAUGUGGUUUUGACUUUUUUUCUUCAAUCUUCUGGAAAGGGAAUGGAAGCAGAAGUGGGACGUUUAGGGCUCUGCCGGCCUCUGCUCUGAGCGGAGUGGCUGCUGCACCGUCCCCUCUGCUGGCUCAGGGAAGCGCCCUGCUCAUGUUUCUGUGGGGACAGGUUUUUAAUCCUCUGAUGCUCGCAUCUUUCUGUUGAUAUUUCUGUAUAGUGAACCUCUGGGCCACUGCAGAGUAACAUGGCUCCACCGGACACAAAAGAGGAACGGAAUCCACAGGCAGGGCCUUUUGUAAGCCUUUAGAGAGGCAAAUGAAAAUUCAUCUUUGGACUUUUCAAUACUAUUGGAAUGAUUUUCUUUCUAAACAGGGAAAAUAAUGUUAUAAAAGCAUCUUUUUUGUUACGUGUUUGCAUUCCUCCCCCAUCUUGGUGUUUUAAAAUGCAAAAAAUACACCACUUUUUGUACAAAAAUAUGUAAUAUUAAAAAACAAACAAGA